AUGCCGCCCUUAGUUUUCUAUAUCACCUGUUCCGCCUUCGUGUGCUUAUGUGCAAGCGCAGAUGAACUCGCGCCCCUCGCAAUUCCACGGCCUGCUAAUGCUACCGCUGACCCGGCGGACACGCGCUCUGUCGGCCGCGUGCCACCUUACCAGCCGCCGGCCGUCGGCGUAGUGCCAGUGCAGAUACAAAUACCAGGCUUCCGACCACACAGCCCCUACACAAGGGUCGACUCAUGGCACCAUCGACCCUUGGCACACGAUUCAGUUGUUGUAUCCGACGACUUUGACGACGAUGCUGAUGACGGUGGCUGCCAUCAUCCGUGUGCUCCGGAACAAUUUUCAUGUCAGAUCUCUUGCAUUUGUAUACCGAUGGAGAAGCGCUGCGAUGGAGUGGCUGAAUGUGCAGAAGCGGAAGACGAGCAAGGAUGUGCACGUUCGUGCGACGAAAACGAAAAUCGAACCAUAUGCCAUGGCACCAACGUCUGUAUUUCUCUUGAUUGGAUCUGCGAUGGUGAUAACGAUUGUGGUGACUUCUCUGACGAAACACGUUGCGACGGCGCUUUGAACUGUACGUCAGAGAAAUUUCAAUGCUCAAACGGAUUGUGCAUUCACAAAGAGUGGGUGUGCGACGGCGACAAUGACUGCCGCGACAAUUCCGACGAGAUGAACUGUCCCAAAGCCAAAUGCGGUGAGAAGCAGUUCAGGUGUGCUACGGGCGAGUGCCUCGCUAAACACUGGCGUUGCGACAAAGAACCCGACUGUCCUGACAACUCUGACGAAGCCGAUUGCCCACUAGACUUCCUGCAGUGCAGCGAAAAUGAGAUACAGUGCAAUAACAAGAAGUGCGUGAGGAAGGACUUCCAGUGCGACGGCGACAAUGACUGCGGCGAUUGGACCGAUGAAGACUCUUGCCCUAUUCUACCUGGCAGUUGCAAUGCUGGAGAAUUCAAGUGUAGCGACGGUAAAUGUAUUCCCGAUCGUUGGCGAUGUGAUGCAGAAAGGGAUUGUGCCGAUGGAGACGAUGAAUUAAACUGUGAACCGUACGGAAUGAGGAACUGCACCUCCGAUGAACACACCUGUGCCGACCGACGUUGCAUUUUGAAAACAUGGAUGUGUGACGGAGUACGGGACUGCACAAACGGCGAGGAUGAAACAAACUGCGAAGUAACCUGUGAGGAGGAUCAGUACAUGUGCAAAUCUCUAUACAACUCCGCGUUCAGGAACUGCGUGAAUAGGAAGCACGUUUGUGAUGGCAUGAAGGACUGUCCUAGGGGAGACGAUGAAGAGAACUGCCCAAAGGAAAGAACAUGUUCAGCUGAGGAUAAAUGCGAGAGGCAAUGCAUUACAACGUAUGAUGGGCGUCCGGCUUGCUCAUGUUCACUGGGAUACUUGUUGGCUGAUAAUGGUUAUAGUUGCCGCGACAUCGACGAAUGUAUGUACGAGCAGGACCCAGUGUGCUCUCAAACAUGUUCCAACACUCCCGGCAGCUUCCAAUGCGGUUGUAUGACUGGAUAUGUUCUCAGACCAGAUCGAAGAUCUUGUAAGCCAUUAGGGGAAUCACCUACACUAUUAUUUUCCAAUCGCGUUGGCAUUAGACAGGUAUGGCUAACUGGUGAAAAUUAUAUGCCGGUACUAAAAGGCCUCCACAACGCAGUCGCGCUGGAUUAUCACUAUGAAAAUAAUCUCAUAUUUUGGACGGAAAACAACAUGAGAGUUAUAAGGGUCGUCGAAUUGACUAACAACACUAUGAAAGAUGUUAUAAAAUGGGGACUAGAAACGCCUGCUGGGGUGGCAGUGGACUGGAUACAUGAUUUGCUGUUUUGGACGGACUCGGGAACCAGAAGAGUUGAAGUGGCAACACUCGACGGAAGUAAAAGGGCCGUAUUGGCAGCGAAUGAUCUAGACAAACCGAGAGCUAUUGCUGUGCACCCAGGCGAUGCUUUGGUGUUUUGGACUGACUGGGGACCCAAUCCCAAGAUAGAGAGAGCUGACAUGGACGGCAAUAGAAGAAAAACUGUUAUCGUGGAUCAGAUAUUUUGGCCUAACGGACUCACAAUAGAUUAUAUCGAAUCGAGAAUAUACUGGGCUGACGCUAAACAUCAUGUUAUUGAGAAAGCUUAUUUUGAUGGUCGAGAUAGAAAAAGGGUCACAAAUAAAGGUCUGCCUCAUCCGUUUGCGUUAACGUUAUUUGAAGACGCUAUUUAUUGGACGGAUUGGCACACAAAGAGCAUAUCAACUGUGAAUAAAAAUACUGGAAUGGGAAUACAGACGGUCCACGCGAGUCUCAAUGUUCCAAUGGAUAUACACAGUUACCACCCCACGCGACAAAUCCAAACUUAUAGAAAUCGAUGUGGUGAUAACAACGGCGGGUGCUCACAUCUCUGUCUUCCAAACAGCGACAAUUAUUCUUGCCGGUGUCCAGCUGGAUUCAACUUGAAUGCUAAUGGCCGAACCUGUGAAGAGACACCAGAGAAACUCCUUUUAUAUGCUCGCAGAAAAGACAUAAGACUUAAGCAAUUAUAUCCUCGAAAACAAAUAGACUCUUUGGAUACGGUUAUUCCAGUAGAAAACAUUAAAUCUGCCGUUGCUUUAGACUGGGAUCACAAUACAAAUUCAAUUUUCUGGACGGAUGUUGAGAAAGACACAAUUAAUCGCGCAUUUCUUAAUGGAUCUAAUCAAACAGUUCUUGUUACCUCAAACCUCAUAUCACCCGCUGGCUUAGCAUAUGAUUGGAUGACUGAUAAAAUAUAUUGGACUGAUGCUGGAACUAAUAGAAUUGAAGUUGCAAAUGCCGACGGUACUAUGAGAGGACUUCUAGCCUGGCAGAAUAUCGAUAAGCCGAGAGACAUUGUUUUAGAUCCUAAAGGAGGCGUUAUGUAUUGGUCUGACUGGGGUUCUACCCCAUGUAUAGAACGCGCUGAUAUGGAUGGUGGUAAUAGAAAAAAACUUUUAUUCGGCGACAUGAUAUGGCCGAACGGAUUAGCGCUAGAUCUUGAAAACAAUCGCAUUUACUGGACCGACGGAGGAAACCGAACUAUAGAAUUUGCAAAUCUUGAUGGAACCGGUCGGACUAUAUUAAUAGCUCAACAUCUUCCACAUCCAUUUGGUUUGGAUUUGUAUGGUGACGAAGUUCUGUGGACGGAUUGGGAAACGAAAUCAAUUCAAGCAGCUAAUAAGUAUACUGGUAAAAAUCGACGCACCUUAGGAGCUGGUGUCGAAGGUUUGAUGGACGUGAGGGUGUUUCAUAAUGAAAGAAAAGCUGUGGCUAAUCGGUGUAAUAAAAACAACGGCGGGUGUUCCCAUCUCUGUCUACUGAAACCUAGGGGACGAACUUGUGCGUGUCCUACAGGAAUAAAACUAAAUCAGGAUGGAAGAACAUGUCCAGAUGGUCCGAAAAACUAUUUGAUAUUUGCACACCGCAUCGACAUACGGGUAGUGUCUUUGGAUGUCCCGUAUCUUGUCGAUGUUGUUAUGCCAUUGCCUCCGCUGAAAAAUGCUUUAGGUGUUGACGUCGAUCAAAGAACAGGUUUGAUUUAUUGGAGUGACACUGGCGAAAGAAAAAUACAGCGUUCUAAUAAACAUGGUGAAAAUAUCGAAACCAUUUUUGAUCACGGUGUGCAUACAUGUGAUGGUAUCGCUAUUGACUCUGCUGGACGAAAGAUUUACUGGACUGAUGGGGGCCGAAAUAGCAUUGAAGUUGCAGAAUUAGAUGGAAGUAAUAGAAAACUUUUAAUUUGGACUGGAUUAGAUUCUCCACGAGCAAUUUCGCUUCAUUAUGAACACGGCUACAUGUUUUGGUCCGAUUGGGGAACAACUGCUAAGAUUGAAAGAGCAGAUAUGAAUGGCAAAAACAGACGCGUUAUUGUAGAUACUAAUAUCAAGUGGCCCAACGGUCUCGCAAUAGACAGAAUUGAAAGUCGUCUCUUUUGGAACGAUGCUAAAGUUCUAACUAUUGAAAGUUCCGAUUUUGACGGGAAAGACCGUCGACUUUUGAUGAGCGAAGUCCCUUAUCCUUACGGGCUCGUCAUAGUAGGUCAGCAUAUUUACUGGACAGACUGGAAAACAAAGGCACUUCAUAGAGCAGAUAAAACAAAUGGAGAACACAAACUGAUAAUUCGAGAAAAUUUGGAAGGACUCAUGGAUAUACGUGCUGUUAAAAGUGACGAGGCCUUUACAGACGUUUGUGGUGAAAAUAACGGCGGUUGUUCCCAUCUCUGUUUACGAACGCCCGAAGGUUAUUCGUGCGAAUGUCCAACAGGAAUGCUAUUUGAAAAUGAAACAUUACCCAAUCCAAAAGUCUGUAAGCCUCAUCCCGACAACUUUUUGGUGAUUGCCACUAGAGCCACUAUGACGAUGAUAUCGUUGGACACCCCAGAAAAUUGGGACAUUACGCUUCCUGUGAAGAAUAUUUCAAAUGCCAUCGCUGUUGACUACCAUUGGGAGGAAAAGCUUAUAUUCUUUACAGACGUUGGAAAUGACGUAAUUAGGUCCAUCAAUAUGAAAAAUAUGAGCGACACUAAAGUUUUGAUCGAUACUAAUCUAAAUACACCAAACGGUAUAGGUGUAGAUUGGAUAGCAAAUAAUCUAUAUUGGACCGAUAAUGAUUACAAGGUGGUUGAGGUGGCGCGAUUGGACGGAUCCAGCCGGAAAACGUUGAUUACUGAUUUAACAGAGCCUCGAGCGCUAGCACUUUUUCCAGCUAAAGGGUAUUUAUACUGGAGCGAUUGGGGCGAGACACCGAAGAUAGAGAGGGCUUUCUUAGACGGUAGUCAAAGAAAAGCAAUCGUGAACCAUGAUCUAGGUUUCCCUAAUGGCCUUGCUAUCGACUACAAAGAACGUAGACUAUACUGGACGGAUGCUUUAAAAGAUAGGAUCGAUACAUCCGAUCUGAACGGUCAACACCGAGUGCAGUUGGUACCUAAUGCGAAAAACCCCUUUGGAAUGACCCAGUUCAACGAUUAUCUUUACUGGACAAAUUGGUUCAACAAAUCCGUGCUGCGAGCUGACAAGAAGACAGGAAAAAAUUUCACAGCGAUAAGAACUGAUCUGGAUAUGUCAAUGGAGAUAAAAUCUGUGUCAGCGGACAAGCAACGCGGUUGGAACCCUUGCAAGGAAGAUAAUGGAGGUUGUUCGCAUCUCUGCCUAUUCCGGGAACAUGACUACGUCUGCGCUUGUCCAGAUGAACCGGACAGUCGUCAAUGUAUUUUGGUUCCAAAGUUACGAGUCGACUUGAGCAUACCAUCUCAUUAUCCAUCCUACUACGAUUACAUGGACCCUGAGGUUGUCAAUAAGCCACCGGAGCCAACGCCACCAUCUGAAAGGAGCAUCGGCGCCAUGAUAAUUGGUAUUGUACUAAUCGCCUGUGUUGUGCUUGGCGCGUCGACCAUUAUUUUUAUCUGCGUAAAACUACACACUGGUCGAGGAGGCGACUUAAAAGAGAACUACCGAGAGUCGGGCGGUCACAUCUCAUUCCACAAUCCGAACUACAGCUGCGCGAGUGGCAGCAGUGGCCAAGAACCACCUGAAAGACGUCCGAACCGCUUCCAAGGCAUAUUCAAAUAUGACAAGAGCCAGGAGCGAGUAACAAACGUAUAUAUACCGGAAGGCACGAGUUUGCUGCCACCCCCGCCGCCUCCUCACCGACAACCGCCCAAACGUUCAUCACAUGAAGACUUCGAACCUGUCACCUUGCAUCCGUAUGCUUGA